AAGAAGUGUAACGUGAACUCCAUGCUGCUAUAUCGCUUGGAAUAAUCCCGAAUUUACACAUCCCGUUUUGCCCGCCGCACGUUUCGACGAUAGCCGAUGCUCCAGUUUUCUGAUCCCUUAUUUGUGCGCUACAUAAUAAAGGGUGGAAAUCUUUCACCCGUCCGCCGGUUUAUUGUCAAUUAGCGGCACUAAGUUGAGGGGGUGUGUACCUCGGUUGCAGUUCUUCGCUGUGCUCGUCAACUGUCGUCGAAUAGAACACUCUAUAAACGGUAGAGCGUAAUACGCCGUUCCCGUGGGGCAUCUGCACAAGGGCAACCGAAUGAUAUGCUAAACGCGUGGAUGGGGACAUUCUGGCAGAUAUCUGACUUGUAAUGGAAUGGAAGAAUACGACUCCAUAGAUGUACUAAGCGUAGAUAUACAAUAGACGUGGAAGCUUCACCUAUUCAGAUUAGAGUGCUCUCUAACCUUGACUUCAACAGCGCUUCUAAUAGCCUUGCGAGCAUCACGGUGUCUACUAUUUGCGUACGAAGCAAGGUGGUGUUGGUUUGGUAGAUAGGUAUAUCGCCGUGCUAUCGCUGUUCCCUAAUUUGUUGAUUUGUGUUAAGCACGUGUUAGUAGUUGCAAAUUUUUCACGACUCGGUUCGUGAGUGUUGUGCCAAACAAACAGAAGCUAAUGAGACGUGAUUUAUAGAGUGUGCUCGAUAGCUGGCAAUAUCAACAAAUAGCCCCUGCACGACAACGACUGUCCAAUGACGGAUCUUGAAUGUCAAGUGAUCAUCAUCAAGAAGACCAGUUCAACAGUUUGUUAGUGCUGAGGAGUGAAAACCACGGUGUGAGAGAGUGAGAUAGAAGAAUUAAUUACGGAAGAACCUUGGAAUCGCACAGGCAAUCAAGUAGGUCUGCCUGCUGUGGCGAGCGUGUGUGCGAGUCGAUUGUGUUGUAAGUGUUAGUGCACUCAUACCAGCAUAACGGGGGCCUCCAUUUACUGUAAACCUCGAUAUGAGUUGCAUGCUGUCCGAGAUAAAGGCAGAUGUACUUGAAAUGCUAACGAAAACAUUGUUAUGAUAUACUGCCUGCGGGGGAAAAACUACUCGUUGCUGCAGUCAGAGGCUAUGUUUCUAUAAUGCACCAGAAACGUAUGCUUCAAUGAUAAGCCCUUCGGAUAAGUCCUCACCCUCGUGUGCAUGAGCAUUGAUGUGAAGUGUGUUAGUUUAUAGCAAUGAUCGGUAAUCACACUGUUUGAUUCCGUUUCGAACGGCCGCUACACGCAGAAGAUUACAUUAAGUUACAACCGGGGGAUAUCUCACUGAUCAAGAAACCUUAAUCGAGCGGGUUCGACACUUCCGCAUUUUUGGCAAGUGCACAAGAACGCACUCUGCUGUAAAUGUGUAUGUUCAAGAAAUGAAAUUGGCUGGCAUGUGCUAAAUUCGAUCGAUUCCAUCAUACUUUGCUGACGAAAACCGUCGUAAAUAGAUUAGAAAGGAGUGUGCCCCACUGUAAUCUGUCUGUCCGGUGCACAUGCAGUCAUCUAUCGAGGAAAAAAAUAGUAGAGAAGAGAAAGGAGAGAAGAUUGGAAAAUUGUUUCUGUGAAAGUGAAGUUAUAACCUGGCUGGCAGAUGUAAACCAAAGCAGAAAAGAAAAUAGAAGAGCCUAUUCAAAAUAGAUGGGAGUGAAAUUUAAUUGAAAAAGUUGUAAAAAAAAGGUCAAAAUCGAAGUGAGUAGUAGCAGAGGAAUUUUGCAGACAGCGAGCGAUUUUCGGGGAAAGAAGAAAACAUUAGCGCUGAUAAGCAAAAGUCACGUCCAUGACAAGUCGUGCAAAGUUUAUUACACAGAAUCUGACGAAAAGUAUAAAACAAGGACAAUUUGUUCAGCAGCGGUGUUUUGCGCAACACUAGUUGUGUGUAUGACAGGGUGAAACCGAAACUUGAAACCAAGAAAAAAUAAAUAAAUACGCAACAGUCUGCUGAAACAGCUGUAGCCUCCAAAGCAACGCAACACGGACGACCGUCAGUUUGUUUUCCUUCGCCGCAGUUCGUCUUCGGUUGGAUUUUCACAUUUUUCUUUUCGGCACCGCGUUCCAACAAAACCAGCCACCGUGGAUACCAUAGCGUUGCCCCUCGGUGGAUUAUCUCAUGUUAGAAUGGCUCUAGCGAGAUUGCCGGUAGUGAGUGACUGUCCGGCGGGGCAGACGGCUAGGGUCACCUCCAACCUGCACUCUUCCAGCAGCACAAUGGCAGUUAGCCGAGUGCCAUCACCCCCUUUGCCAGAGGUCAACACACCGGUUGCAGAAAAUUGGUGUUAUACUCAGGUCAAAGUCGUGAAAUUCAGCUAUAUGUGGACCAUAAACAAUUUCAGUUUCUGUCGGGAAGAGAUGGGCGAAGUCCUGAAAUCAUCCACCUUCUCCGCCGGUGCUAAUGACAAACUCAAAUGGUGUUUGCGUGUUAAUCCAAAGGGCCUCGACGAGGAAAGCAAGGACUACCUGUCACUAUACCUGCUUUUAGUAUCCUGCAACAAAUCCGAAGUGAGAGCCAAAUUCAAAUUUUCAAUCCUGAACGCCAAACGAGAGGAAACCAAGGCGAUGGAAUCGCAACGGGCGUACAGGUUCGUCCAGGGCAAAGACUGGGGCUUCAAAAAAUUCAUCCGGCGGGAUUUCCUGCUGGACGAAGCGAAUGGUCUCCUGCCCGAAGAUAAGCUAACAAUUUUCUGCGAGGUCAGUGUAGUCGCGGACAGCGUCAACAUUUCCGGACAGAGUAAUAUAAUUCAAUUCAAAGUGCCAGAAUGCAAACUGUCGGAGGAUCUAGGGGUUUUGUUCGACAAUGAAAAAUUCAGCGACGUCACACUAGCAGUCGGGGGCCGGGAGUUCCAAGCACAUAAAGCAAUCCUAGCAGCCCGCAGUCCUGUGUUCGCGGCCAUGUUCGAGCACGAAAUGGAGGAGCGGAAACAGAACCGCGUAGCAAUCACCGACGUCGACCACGAAGUAUUAAAAGAGAUGCUCCGGUUCAUCUACACCGGCAAGGCACCAAACCUGGAUAAGAUGGCGGACGAUCUGCUCGCGGCGGCAGACAAGUACGCCCUCGAAAAGCUGAAGGUGAUGUGCGAAGAAGCGCUGUGUGUGAACCUAUCGGUAGAAACGGCGGCCGAAACGCUGAUCCUCGCCGAUCUGCACAGUGCGGACCAGCUGAAGGCACAAACGAUAGACUUUAUCAACACCAGUCAUGCGACAGAUGUGAUGGAAACCGUCGGCUGGAAGAACAUGGUGACAACGCACCCGCAUCUGAUAAACGAAGCAUUUCGCGCCCUAGCCACGCAGCAGAUACCACCGAUCGGUCCGCCCCGCAAGCGGGUGAAGAUGAGCUGAAAUAAAAUGUUGACAUCCGUACAGUCCGUGAUGUCAACGUCGUCGUCACCAGCUAGUAUCACGCAAUCAUCGUUAUCAUCACCUCCAUCCGCAUCCACAUCCUCAUCGUGUUUGUUAUCAUCACUAUCAACCAAUAGCCACAACCCAUCCACCGCAGCUGCUGCUGCUGUUGGUCUGUUCCAGCUGACGUCGUCAGCAUCGUCAUC